UUCCUAUAAAAAAUAAAACCAGCAACAAUGCAGUGAAUAAAUUCUGCAGUGAUUAUCUGAUUUAUGUACGAAGAAAAAGAGAAGCCAAACACAGACAGCUCUUAUGCACUGUGGCAUUUACAAGGCACUGCAUUUAAUGCAGAGAGAUGUUAUACAUUGAUUCUGACAACUGUAAAAGGAGAGAUCAUGGAAAAGUCAAGUAGUGAGGAUUCUUCAAUUCACCGGAGUCCAUCUUUGGACAGCAAAGACUCAGAUUUUGCUAAACCAUCUACCUCAGGGAGGCAAUUUGUUCGAGGUUUUACUGCUGGAGCUUUCUAUGGUACAACUGGAUCACGCACACAGAGCCACACUGGCGUCGGAACCGGCGUUGGGACUGGGACUGGCGUAAAAAGUGACAAAUACAGUGCACCCAAAGGCAGCAAAUACGUGGUCUUUUACCUGGAUCUAUCCUUUGUUUUCCUUUUAGAAUUUAAGAAGUGCAACAUGGCAAGAGGCUGCCUGUGUUGUUUGAAAUACAUGAUGUUCCUUUUCAAUUUAAUAUUUUGGUUAUGUGGCUGUGGGCUGCUGGGUGUGGGCAUCUGGCUGUCAGUGUCACAAGGAAACUUUGCCACGUUUUCUCCUAGCUUUCCAUCGCUUUCAGCUGCCAACCUUGUCAUUGCCAUUGGCACAGUCAUCAUGGUGACCGGCUUCCUGGGCUGCCUAGGUGCUAUCAAGGAAAACAAGUGCCUCCUGUUGAGUUUUUUCAUCGUUUUGCUGAUAAUUCUUCUGGCGGAGCUGAUACUACUCAUAUUGUUCUUUGUUUAUAUGGACAAGGUUAGUGAGAGUGCAAAGAAGGAUUUGAAGGAAGGAAUGAAGCUAUACAAUUCAGAAAAUAAUGUUGGACUGAAAAAUGCAUGGAAUAUCAUUCAAGCAGAGAUGAAAUGCUGUGGUGUGAAUGAUUUUACUGAUUGGUACCCAGUACUAGGAGAAAACACUGUCCCAGACCGAUGUUGUACAGAAAACUCCCAAGACUGUGGUCGGAACUCUACUGAGUUAGUGUGGAGAACGGGAUGUUAUGAGAGAGUUAUGACCUGGUUCGAUGAAAAUAAACAUGUCCUUGGUAUGAUUGGGAUGUGCAUUCUCAUAAUGCAGAUUCUUGGCAUGGCCUUCUCCAUGACGCUCUUCCAGCAGAUUCACAGGACUGGCAAAAAAUAUGAUGCCUAAAGCCUCUGAAACAUUAUCACAUCAACUCUUCUGUCUCAUCAUAAAAAUGAACAAAAGGAAUGACCACAGAGAGCAUCAAGCCUGGCCCUACUGAGGGAAUCCAUCCCAUUGACCAAUCUACUUCGUUGUUACUUGUCCAGAUAUUAUCACAACUGCUUAUUUGACUCAUUUUUUUAAUCUGUUUCAUAUUUGCCAUUUAUUUGCCAAAGAGGGGGAAACCCCCCCCAAACAAAUGGAUUUUCUACAUGAAGUCAUAGAUCUGUUCUAAGAAUGUUUCUUAUGAAAAUGUAUUGCUCUACUAAUCCAUGCUAUAUGUGCAAAAUUUAUACGUGUUCAACUUCAAGAGAGAAUUCUUCAAAGUCUUCCAUUAACUCAUCAACCUUCACGUCCAAUUUACUGGGAGACUUGGAAAAGCCACUAACUGAGAGACCUAGGAAUUGGAGCUGUUUGCCUUUGCAGCUUCUUGUACCUUACGGUGUAUACUUUUUAUUAUGAUAAUUAUUAUUAUUAAGAUGAUGGAUAUAGCUUAGAAUUUAGUUGCCUGACUUAUAACUUCUUACUGGUUUUGGUUUUACACAUUUAUCAUACAUUAAUUUGGGAACCACUGUGCGAUCUCCAGAGGACAUCAUCUUCAAAUUAGACAGCUGGUGCUGACAAAUAAAGACAUAACUUUUCUCAAGUCAGUGGGAAGGCAUUGUCUAACUUUAUCAGGACUUUGAUGCCCUUACUGUAACAAAGGUGGUUCCUUUCAAAUCAGGGGCUUUUUCCUCAAAUGGAAUGCAAUCCCUUCCCAUUGGAACAAACGGAGAAUUUCCUACUCCUGUAAGGCAGAGUUCCAAUGCCUUUACUCACCCAAAGCAGAGUCUGGCUGCCUUCAUGCCAUGCUAAUUGAAUGCUAAAAGUGCUGUCCGAGCAACUUACUGCUCCCUGGCACAAAGUAGAAAAAUUGCAGCCUGACUGCUGACUAGUGGCAACACACUUCAUAGACUGUGUUUUCUGCUGCACAAAGUUUGUCCCAGACAUGGCAUGCUGCUGGAUAUGAAGGAAGGGGAUGGCAAUUUGAUGGCAACAUUGUCAUGCUAGACCCUUCAUUGAAGGAAUUUCCUCAGGCAGAUGACAGCUCUGUCCCUGAGCUGAAAAAGGUGGUUUGAUUAAAGGUGACCAAAUGAUGCAGCAAAGAGGCACUUUCCAUAGCGACUCAGAGACAAUAUGUGUUGCCACACCUUCAGGAAGAGUUGAUUAGCACUAACAAAUUGCCAAGUCCAUCCAAUAGUAUAGUUCAGAGUUUGGUGCAAUGCAUAUUUUUUACCAACAUUCCUAUUAGAAAACUUGAACAUAUAUUUCUCUAGUUUAUAUACUGCUUCAUUGCAAGCAGCCUGCAUUUACCUUUUUCUCAAGGUUCUUGCUGUUUUGUGAAGGAAGAGGGAAAGGCUCAGACAUUGGAGAAGGUUCAGAUUUAACUCCAGUCAGGGCUCGACUCUGAAAUAAGUCGAAAGAUCUCUGAAUGAAACACUGUGGUUUUUAUUAGCAGCAGUCAGAAGUGACUUUCAGAGGUUACCAAUGUCACUUUCAAAGGAGUAGUGUAAUCUAGGUGAGAUGGGGUUUACUGUGACAUUAUUGGACUGAGUUUCAGAAGCUAUUGAGGAUGGAUAUUUUGUGCCUUUCAGAGCCAUGCCACAUCAAAGUACUCCUCUGGUAAACAAGUGUCUCUUAAUAUCCAGUCUGAAUAUUUGUUAAACAGUUAGAAGAUACAAUUUUCAUUAUAUCAUUCAGCCUAUCUUUUCUUUGUGGGCUGAAAUAGCUGUUGAGCCACUUCAUAUCUGGGAGGUUUUAGUCUCCUUUUUAUCUUCCUAAUAGGUCCUGCAUGCAUCUGUACAUCUGGCAGCAACAGUGUUUUGUGUGGCCUAUGUGUCACUUUUUUGAGUUCCUAUGAAAUCAAUAUGACAGGAAGGAGCGUGAAUGUGAGAGAGAUAGAGAUGAAUCUGAGUGUUGCAGUGAAGAAGGAGGUUACUAUUCUUAGAGCGUGGCCCUUGCCCUUAUCAGCACAAGACCCAGUUUCAGAGGGCUCGUUUCCCACUGAAGCAGAUAAUGCCAUAUAGGUUAUUUCACUUGGACUGAAAGCGUAAUAACAGGUUUUACCUCCAUUUCCAACAAAACUGGGACCAGGAGCAUCUGAGUCCCACUGGAGAUGGAUGUUACAUGUUGAAGAAGGAGCUCUGAUGCCGGGUGUUAUUGCUGCUAUGUGUAAAACUAUCUAAAGUUGCUAAGAUGUGUUCCCAUUUUUGCAAGAAAAGACAAGAUGAUUUUCAUAGGAUGACUCCACUGCAUUCCCCUUUGGGCAGAGGUGCUUAGCUUUCUCUAGAUUUCUCCAGCAUUCAAAAAGAGCAGGGCGCAGGGCUGAGCAGGAGCAUGAUCUCUGUCCUUUUGGAUCACACAGUGGUACCUGUCACAUCUUAAAUUUUAAUUUUCAGCCAAUUUUUGUACAAAAAAAAAAAAAAAAAAAGGUAAGACAUAUUAGUGAAAGUAAUAAGGAAAUAAAAAUGUGUAUGAGUAACUCAGAGAUGAAAUGUGUAGUUGCAAACUGAGCUACUUUGCCUUCCAUCUAAACUUAUUUUUCUAGAAUGCUUCUUUCCAUUUCAUGAUCUAGUAGCAUGGAUCCUGAAAUCUUUUUUAAUGACUACUUUUGGCAUUUUAAGCACAGCAUUAAGUGAGAUAGUUGCAUGAGCUUCAUGUAUUCAUCUCUAUGAAGCCACCUACAGGAAAAGAGUCAAAAGCAGGGCUGUUUUUUGUCUCUAGCUGACUCUCAGAUGUGGGAGGUGAUUACAGACAUCCUGAAAGGAUCAGAAAAGUAAUGCCAUUUUCCAGGCAAAAAAAACCCCAGCCCUGGAAAGUGUGAGGCUGCAUCAGUCAGUUUGUCAGAGAAGGCACUAACUGUCCUGUAAACUGGUCAAGGGGAGCUUUGUCUCAUGUAUGUAUGCACUUUUUUUGCUUUUGCUGGUGGGUGGCUGUCUGUGUGUUUUCCCCAAAUGUCACUCUGAUUAUUUAAGUUUUUAGCAUGUUUUAAAAUAAAACCUGAUACUGAGUAAAAGUAUCUAA